AUGGUUAUUCAUUACUUUCUAGCAAGAGCUUCCUUCGCUGUUUUUUCGUGUCUGGUUAUUGUUAGAAACGGUCUGAAGAAACAAUCACUCGAUUUCACGGGUGCCUUCGCUGCUGUUAUAGUUGGGUUUAUAUUGACUCUGAGCAACUUGUGUUUCUUCGCCUCCUGCAUAACCUUUUUCCUAACGAGCUCUAAAUUAACGAAGUUUAAAUCGGACGUGAAGGAAAAAAUUGAAGACGAUUUCAAAAAAGGUUUGUCUCUAUAAUGCUAAUUUUGUUUUAAAAAGCUAGAUCAGGAUUGACCUGUAUUGUGAUCAAUUCGAUCCGACCUUAAUGUAUGUAAACAAAGACGAUAAAGCAUAAGUAAGCGAAUCAUUGAUCUAGAUAUCCAUGCAAUGCCCAUUUAAGUUUUGCCAUUCUGGAAAAACACAGUGCUGCAUGAUCUACUUCAUCUUUAAGAGGUAGAACUAGAGAUAGAAGUUAUUUGUAGCAAAAUGCCACAGAACUUUAAAAUUGGUACCUGUUCCACAUGGCAUCAUGUAAGGAGGAAGUGGGUAAUUAAACCAUUAAAAAAACUACAAUGCAUGUUUUGCGUGCAGUUCCCGCCAUUGUGAUGUUAUCUGUUGAUAUGAAUAAUCCUGAGUAUUAAUUGAUCUUUUAAAAUGGUUGAACGCUAUGACCCAAUCGAGAGAGAAGCAAAUCUUCAGUGUGAUUGUUGUCAAAAUUUCUUCGGAAGCAUGUUUCUUUCGAUUGAGGUAACUUACUAGAUUGUUUUCUACUCUGUCAAUUUAAUUCAGUUUUAUCCAUUUUGUUUUAUAGGAGGCCAAAGAAAUUGGAUUCAAGUCUUUUGUAAUGGUGGCAUCCCAACAUUACUGGCUCUAUUUUACAUGAUCGAUGUUGGUAUUGGCGAACAUGCGAUUGAUUAUGCAAAGGAUUUUACUGCAUCAGUGCUUUCGGUUUCUGUGCUUGGAUCAUUCGCUUGUAGCUGUGGUGACACGUGGGCCUCUGAAAUAGGAACAGUGAUGAGUUCACACGUUCCUUUGCUCAUAACAACAUUUUCAAAGGUCCCUGUUGGUACAAAUGGAGGAGUCACAAUAACAGGAACCAUAGCAAGCAUCCUUGGAGGCACAGUGAUUGGGAUUGCCUACUAUAUAACUUUACUGACGUUAUUGACUAUCCGUAGAAUUAUAGCUGUUCCGCCUCAAUGGCCAAUUAUUUUGAUUGGUUGUUUAGGAGGCUUUUUGGGAUCAGCAUUUGACUCUAUACUAGGAGCCACUCUUCAGUACUCAGGGUAUUGUUCAGUCAAGAAAUGUGUGGUUCACAAACCAUCCCCAACAGUUAAACACAUAUCUGGACGAGCCAUUCUGGACAAUCAUGCUGUUAACUUUGUAUCUAGUCUUCUGAUAAGUGUUGUAAUGCCUGUAAUAGGAUACUUUCUAUGGAGAGGGUUGAUGUAGAUAACAGAAUCAAAUCAGUGCUGAGUGGCAUACAGGGUCCUAAUCUAGUGAGAUAUUAUCAUCACUAUUCUUAUUUAAAGUUUGGGUCAUUAAUUAACCCUCUACACCCUAACAUCAAUAUGCAUAUUCUCCACAACUGUUCUCUAUACAUUUCCUAAGGUGCUGAUGAGGAGAAUUUUUUAAACAAUCAAGAACUUUAUUAUUUGGUGAUCAUUUCCCUAAUUCUGCUGACCUUAAAGUGUGAUUCAGGGGUGACAGAGUUAGGCACUUAAUCUUAGGGAUCAAAAGGUGAAAGCACAAAAUCGUUAUGCAGAAAGUCAUACAUGAAGACACAGGAACGUGCAAAUUUUCCUCUAAACCAUGGAGUGUAAGACUUCAACAAUUAUCCAAAUGGCAAUUUCAAAUAGCAUAUUGCCUCAAAUAAGUGCUCUCGUUCUAAUAAGUGCCCCCUCCACAAAACUGCCCACCCCUUAGGCCAUAAUAUGAAACAACUGCCCCUCAGAUAGCCACCCCUCCACCCUCACUAUCUUAGAUAGUAGGGAUACAAGGAAAACCUGUUUCUAUUGCCACCUUACUAAUAACUUUGUAAGCUUCAACUACAGCAGCAUCAAUACAUGGUAAUAGUUUCAUGAGCCUUCCCCCCCUUAAAUAAGCACCCUCCUUCCAAUAUGUACACCUCCUUUUAGCUGAAAUUUGAAAUAAGCACAGAUGACAUAGGUGCUUAUCUAUAUAGCAUCCAUUUCAGCUUAGCUAGUGUUAUAUCUCAUUCAGGUCCCAUUUUUAGAGAUGUGAAGGACUCCAUAAGAGCUAGGUAUUGAAUACUUUUUCCUUUCAUAUGAAAUUUGCAAAAGAAAGGCCCCUGUGUGGACCUGUGCUUUAUACUUAUAUCUUAGAGGAGUAAUUCCAAUAAGAACACACAGUGAUUAUGGUGUGACAUGGUGAAGGGAUGAUACUGUCAAAAUUGAAGACUUUGACAUUUUAUUUCAUCCAUAGACAUUAUCAUCUGGUGGUAAACUCUGUGGUUGGGUUGUAAUAAUAAUAAUAAUUUAUUGACUUAUAUUGUGCAAUUAUCAAUAUAAGAAUUUUCAAUUGCACAUUACAAUUAAAUGUUAAAAAUUCAAC